UGUCAGUCUGUUUUGUUUGGGGGGGCUCGACAUCGAAGGGAGUGCCAUGGACAUUGCUCUGGUCAUUGUAUCAGCAGCUACGUGCGGCUCCUUCUGCAGGGCAGCCACCGGCUUUGGCAGCUCCAUCCUCUUCGAGCAGAUUUAUACCUUGUGCGGCCAAUUUCAGGUGGCCAAAGGCUGCGAGAGCGUCCUGCGCAUGGUGGAGCUGGGUAUGGUGCUGGAACUCUCCUUGUCGCCGGUGAUGUUUCUCAUGGUGGCAAGUGAGGCCAUGAAGCUUUGGCGGAGUUUGCUGAUGUUGUCCCUGCCCUGCCUACCUGGAACUGUCCUCGGGGCGCUGGGUUUGAUUUGGGCGCAAGAGCAACCGGAGACGCUGCGAGCGCUGAAGGCGGGCCUCAACUUGCUCUUCCUGGCCGUGUCGAUCUUCAAGCUUUCAGGUGAGCUUCCCAGCAAGGCCAGUGACGAGCGCCAGCUGCCUCUUCUUGAGACAACCCGAAGCCUGGAGCCCGAAAAUCGAAGCGACAGAGCCUUUUGUCCUGGACUCUUGAUCCUGGGCUUUGUCUCUGGCUUUCUGAAUGGCCUCAUCGGCUUGCCCGGGCCGGUAUGCAUGGUCUAUGUUGCCUCGGUGCUGAAAUCCGGUCGAAUGACUCCAGACACGUGCUUCGUGCUAAGUCAGAGCUUCUUCCUGCUUACUACUCUGAUGCGAGGCGUCUUUUUUAGCUCGCCAGUGAUGCGAGCAGAGUGGCACCAAAGUGUGAAUUUGGCGCUGCUGAUUCCUGUGCCCUCACUUAUGGCGUUGAAAGCCGGAUGGAAAGUGCGGAAGAUUAUGAAUCCCGCCUGGCUGCUUCGCUCAAUUUUAAUCCUUCUUCUGCUCAGCUCUCUCACUGGCCUCAACAUGUCGGGCUCGUGGCUGGGCUUGUUUUCUUUAGCUUGCACAGGCCUUUGGCUCAUCACGGUUUUAAUUCUGCUGCUUACGCGGCACUGACCUUGGUGCUCAGAUGAGGGAAUGCCCC